UUUAAAGCUCUCUCUGUCGCCUCUAAUGUGAUCCUCUCGUUUUAUUGACUCUCUCUGCCGUCUGUGGCGCCCCUUCCCAUCAAUCUCCUCUCUAAUCACACCACUGCCACUGCCUGCUCUGUCUCCCCUAACCCCUCUCCUCCGCAAAGGCCCCCAGCCCUCACCUCUACCUAGGUCUUUCCUUUUGACUGUUCCCCCCCACCUCCACUCCAGACCACAUCCACCCUCUUCUUCCUUCCCUCCUCCAGAAGCAGGAAUGACAGGGCCUUUGAGGGGUCGCCUUGUCCCUUUACCCACAUUUGAGAUGUGUUCCAAGGGUGAUGCCCUUAAGGAAAGCAGGGAACUAAAGGGAAGAAUGAAUGGCUAUGGGCCUGAGGAUGAACAAGAAUCUUGAGCUGGGGAGGCACGUGGGGGAUGAUUUUUAGGCCUGUUGUAUGUUUCCGCAAGGUCUCUAGUUCAAGGUGGGAAGGGCAAAGAAAGGGACCUAGAGAUUCUGGGAGGGAAGGAAGUUAAGAUAGAGGAGGGACAUAGAAGAAGGAAAAAAGUGAAAAACUAAUUGCUGCAGCUAAAGGUUUGUAAUAAAUAGUGGGUGAUGGGAGAAGCACCGAGAAGAAAGGGGGAGGAGGAAUUGGUGGCAGUGGAUGGGGGGGGGGUGGAAAUGCACUGAGGCAGAGAUAAAUUUGCAAUUGAAAUUCUUUCCUGAAGAGGAGGAGUGUUAGGUUGGGUGGUGGGGAAGAGAUUUGCAAUUUUAAACAGCUGCUGACCUACCCUGGCCAAGCUGAGUCUCACCCACAAGCUAGCCAAAAUCGAAGCUCCUUUGGUUUCUAGCUAGGAAUCAGCCGUGUCUCUUUUUCCAGUCCUGGGAAGCAGAUGCUUUGGAGAGAGAAUCUGGGAGUUACUGCAAGAUGUGGGGCUUAGGUCUGCCUAGCCCUCCUCUGAACCGUGAUCUAGAGUUGCAAGUCAGGAGCCAGGAAGGAGCUGGCUGAAGUAGGCAGGUGGGCUCUACUGCUUAGACCAGCUAGGAGAGAGCAUCUGCCAGUGUUGAGCCCUCAGCCAGGGACCAGGAUAGGCCUCUCUUGCCCGGAUUCAUUCCUUCCCACCAGGUGGGGUAAAGGGUGGUGGGGCUCCCCCUGUGGGAAUGACAGUGAAACGUCAGACCCACACAAACCAGCACGCUUACCUCCUCUCCCUCACCAAGGAUUCUGUUGGAAGAAUACCUUUCUCCCACAAUAUUAGGGCUUCUGCUUUCUGAUUAUCUAGGAACCGACUGCCCCUUGGUCCAAUUCCUUCACUUCCCCUUUGGUUCUCUAACUCCCCCCCACCUCUCCAUCACCUUCACCCCUUUUCCAGGUGCUGAUUUGCAUUUUCAUUAGCAUGCUAAUCCAGCCCCAAUCCGAGCUCCUUAAUGGCUCUGACUUCACGCCUGGCUAGACUCCCUGGAGGAGGAGGGAAGCGGGAAUGGGGCCUACAGGCUGUGUGGGGCCAGACUAAGGACCCAUUUCAGACCUAGGAAUCUGGGGGUGAGGGUUAGAGGUGGCCCAAGGAAAGAGAGACCACACCCCUCACCCUUCCCCAAAGCACUCUGGCCUGAGCAUUAGAAGUUUAAUCAUUAGAGAUCUGCUGAUAUGGGCAGCUGGAGAGUAUGUAGAUGGGCCACUUGGGACCCUGGGAGGAGUAUGGAAUGGGGAGGCAUGGGAAUGUGGUGAGUUAGAGGGUAAGAUCCCAGUAAACAAAAGGAUGACAGCCUUGCUGCUUCUAGUGAGCUGGAGGUUGCCUGGGAGUCCUGAUUUCUAAACCUUUGGAGGUUUGUGUGGCCUUUAUUGUGUCCAGCUGGACGGAGGAGUCUAGGCCACAGCUUUGCUGUUUACUUGGUGUUUGGCUGGUCCUUCUCUAGUUUCCCCUCUUUGGAGCAGUGUCACCAUCAGUAGCUUACUUAACUUGUUCUUAGCUGCUUAUCUAUAAAAUAAGGUUGCUGUGAGAUUAAAUGAGAUGAUUGAUGUAAAGCAUUUAGCAUAGUGCCAGGACCAUGGUAGAUGUACCUUAAUAACUAUUAGUAAUAUUAUUACUAUUAUUUUUUUUUAAAUCUCUUUGGGGAGAAGGAGGCAACAUAUAAGCUAUUGUCUUUCAACUGGCCAGGGAAGCUCCCAUCUAUUCCAUAUGCUUGUGACCACAGAUGGAUCUGGAAGGCAUCUGAGAGCAGCAUGGCACCUCAUGCCAUGGGAAAUCAGUUAUGGCCUAUCUCUGGCAAGAAGACCUUAACUAGGGAAUUUACCUCUUCAGGUCACAGAAAAUCUGAGGGUCUCUCCCAGUGUUCUGUUAUUCAAAGACAUCUAUUAACUGUGAGUCAGGCAAGUUCUAUGUGCUAACGGCAGAGCAAUCAAGCAGACCUGAGCCCUCAUUCUGGCUGCUGGUGGAGGGAAAACAGAUUGUAGGGGGCAGCAGUGGAAGAUGGGAGGCCAACAUGGAGUCCAUUGUAUUAAUUCCGGAAAGAGAUGAUAAUGGCUUGGGCCACACUGGUGCCAGUGAAGAAGAAAAGUGGAGGGAUUUGACACGUUUUAGAGGUUGCUGCCAAACUGGAUAAGGGAAGGACAAGAGAAAACUUUUAGGUUUUCAGCCUAAGCAACUGGAUAAAUGGUACCAAUGUUUGAGGUAGGAAAGAUAGAAAGGAGCAGGUCCAGAGGACAAAUAAAGAGUUCUGGUUUGGGACAUGUUAAGUUUUGAAGCCUAUUAGACACUAAGUGAAGCUUCUGGUUGGCAAACGGGGUACUGGCCGUCACGCUGAAAUGAACCCCCAGCACUCCUCCGUCUACCAUGGCCACCCUUAACUUAGCCUCCACCGCUGGCAACACCCCCUCCCCUGGGCACAAUGCCCCGUCCCCGGCUCCGGACACCUCCUCCUCCAGCACCCCCUCUGAUCUUGUCACCAAAGAUCCCCCUGCUGCCCCCUCCCCCUCUGAGAGCAUGAGGCCCUCAGAGCCAGGGGGACAGCCCCUGGAGUCAGGCUGUGGCCUUGUCCCACCAAAGGAGAUUGAGGAGCCCCAAGAAGGGCCUGGUUGUGGUCACUUCCCACCAAAGGACCUGGGGGUAGAGAAGGACAAGGAGCAGGAGGAGGAAGGACUCCCUCCCGUGGACCUAAGCAACCACCUAUUCACAGCUGGCAGUGAGGCCUACCUAGUGGCCAAGCUGCCUCUGCCAGGCGGCAGUGAACUGCUACCAAAGGGCUCCCCCUGGGGCGAGGCAGGCAUCAAGGAAGAGCCCAGCCUGUCCCUCCUUGCCCACCCACCCCUCACACACCUCACUGCCCUUCAUAUCCAACAUGGCUUUGAUCUAAUCCAAGGCUUUAGCUCUUCUGACCAAAUUCUGUCCCACGAUACCUCAGCGCCAUCUCCGGCUGCCUGUGAGGGAAGGGAUGGCGCCUUCUGGAGCUACCAGCUGGCUGCAAACCCACCCGGAGAUCCCAAAGAUGGCCCCAUGGGGAACAGUGGGGGAGACCACAUGGCACUCUUCUGGCUCUGCCUUCUGUGCCGCCUGGGUUUUAGCAGGCCCCAGGCCUUUAUGGGUCAUACACAGUCUCAUGGGGUGAAACUAACCCCUGCCCAACACCAGGGCCUGCCAGGCAGCCCAGCCGUGCUCCAGGAAGGGGAUGAGGGCUGCAUGGCCCUCAUAAGCUUUCUGGAACCAAAACACCCUGCUCACCCCCCUUUUGAAAUACCCUUUGACAACGGCAGCACACUGAACACAGAGGCGAAUGUAGCCCAGACGGAGGAUGGUCCCCCUGAGGCAGAAGUCCACACCCUUGUCCUUCCCACUGAAGAAGUCAUGGCCCUCAACCCAUUCUCCCCACCCACAACCCCAGCCACCUGGGACCCCAGCCCAACCCAAGCCAAAGAAUCGCCAGUAGCAGCAGGCGAGGCAGGGCCAGAUUGGUUCCCUGAAGGGCAAGAAGAGGAUGGAGGGCUCUGCCCCCCACUCAACCAAAGCUCACCCACCUCCAAGGAAGGGGGCAGUCUCCCCACCCCAGUGGGCUCCCCUGAAGACCCCAAUGACCCACCCCAGCCCUACCGCCUGGCUGACGACUACACCCCAGCCCCUGCAGCCUUCCAGGGGCUCAGCCUGUCCAGUCACAUGUCCCUGCUACAUUCUCGUAACUCCUGCAAGACACUCAAGUGUCCCAAGUGCAACUGGCACUACAAGUACCAGCAGACCCUGGAUGUGCACAUGCGAGAGAAACACCCUGAGAGCAACAGUCACUGCAGCUACUGCAGUGCUGGGGGGGCCCACCCCCGCCUCGCUCGUGGAGAGAGCUACAACUGUGGCUACAAGCCCUACCGCUGCGACGUCUGCAACUACUCCACCACCACCAAGGGAAACCUCAGCAUCCACAUGCAGUCCGACAAGCACCUGGCUAACCUGCAAGGCUUCCAGGCAGGCCCCGGUGGGCAGGGAAGUCCCCCAGAGGCAUCACUCCCGCCCUCUGCGGGGGACAAAGAGCCCAAGACCAAAUCAUCCUGGCAGUGCAAGGUGUGCAGCUAUGAGACAAACAUCUCCCGAAACCUACGUAUCCAUAUGACCUCUGAGAAGCACAUGCAGAAUGUCCUAAUGCUGCACCAGGGGCUGCCACUGGGCCUGCCACCUGGGCUGGUGGGGCCAGGCCCUCCUCCACCACAAGGGACUGCCCCCACCAACCCCCCUGAACUCUUCCAGUACUUUGGUCCCCAGGCCCUAGGACAGCCUCAGACUCCCUUGUCUGGCCCCGGGCUGAGGCCAGACAAGCCUUUGGAAGCCCAGCUGCUUCUCAAUGGUUUUCACCACCUUGGAGCACCUGCCCGCAAAUUCCCCACACCUGAUGACAGCCCGUCCCUGAGGGUAUUCCGCUGCCUAGUGUGCCAGGCCUUCAGCACAGACAGCCUGGAGCUACUGCUGUACCACUGCAGUGUAGGCCGAAGCCUCCCUGAAGCUGAAUGGAAGGAGGUGGCUGGUGACACCCACCGCUGCAAGCUCUGCUGCUACGGCACCCAGCUCAAGGCCAACUUCCAACUCCACCUUAAGACUGAUAAACAUGCUCAGAAGUACCAGCUAGCAGCCCACCUGCGGGAGGGUGGUGGGGCCACGGGCACCCCCUCCCUGGUGCCCCUAGGAGAUGGGGCCCCUUAUGGGUCUGCCUCCCCACUGCACCUGCGCUGCAACAUCUGUGACUUUGAGUCCAACAGCAAGGAGAAGAUGCAGCUGCACGCCAGGGGAGCAGCCCAUGAAGAAAACAGCCAGAUCUAUAAGUUUCUGCUGGAAAUGGAGGGAGCAGAGGCAGGGGCAGAGCUGGGGCUGUACCACUGCCUGCUGUGUGCUUGGGAGACACCCUCCCGCUUGGCUGUGCUGCAACACCUACGCGCACCUGCCCACCGUGAUGCCCAGGCCCAGAGACGUCUGCAGCUGCUUCAGAAUGGCCCAGCAGCUGAGGAAGGACUCUCAGCUCUCCAGAACAUCCUGAGUUUCAGCCAUGGGCAGCUCCGGACUCCCGGGAAGGCUCCUGUCACCCCCUUAGCUGAGCCACCCAAUCCUGAGAAAGAAGUCCAGAACAAGACAGAACAGUUGGCUUCUGAAGAGGCAGAGAACAAGACCAGCCAUUCCAGAGACAGUGCCAACCAGACCAUGGUAUAUUGCUGUCCGUACUGCAGCUUCCUGAGCCCAGAAUCUGACCAGGUGAGAGCUCAUGCACUCUCCCAGCAUGCAGUGCAGCCCAAGUACAGGUGCCCACUGUGCCAGGAGCAGCUGGUGGGCCGGCCCGCCCUGCACUUCCACCUUAGCCACCUUCACAACGUGGUGCCCGAGUGCGUGGAGAAGCUGCUGCUUGUGGCCACAACUGUAGAGAUGACCUUUAUGACCAAAGUGCUGCCUGCACCCACACUUAGCCCUCUGGAGGAUGGCCCAGAAGCCCCUACUCCUGGACCAGAGCCUGUACCCAGCAGAGACCAUGCAUCAGAAUGCCCUAACCUGACUCCAGAAGACAGUCCAGAUCCUCUUCCUGAGCCUCCCCUGGCCUCAGCCGAGGCCCCAGACAAGCCCUCAGAAAGCCCUGGUCAACCCCCUUCUCCAGCCCCAUCUCCAGCCCCUCAGCCUGAUGCCCAAGCUGAAGAAGUGGCUCCUCCACCCACCAUGGCUGAGGAGGAAGAGGGGACUGCUGGGGAGCCCCGCUCUGCAGAGCCAGCUCCAGCUGACUCUCGCCACCCUCUGACCUAUCGGAAGACCACCAACUUUGCCCUGGACAAGUUUCUUGACCCUGCCCGGCCCUAUAAGUGCACUGUGUGUAAGGAGUCCUUCACCCAGAAGAAUAUCCUCUUGGUUCAUUAUAAUUCUGUCUCCCACCUUCAUAAGAUGAAGAAGGCUGCCAUUGACCCCUCUGCCCCUGCCCGAGGGGAGGCUGGUGCCCCGCCUACCACCACUGCUGCCACUGACAAGCCCUUUAAGUGCACAGUGUGCCGAGUCUCCUACAACCAGAGCUCCACCCUGGAGAUCCACAUGCGGUCAGUUCUACAUCAGACUCGCUCUCGGGGGGCCAAGACUGAUGCCAAGACUGAGGGGCCAGAGCGCAGCCAAGAAGAGCCCAAGGAAGGCGAGACUGAAGGGGAGGCAGGCACUGAGAAGAAGGGCCCCGACCCCAGUGGCUUUAUACCUGGAUUGCCCUUCCUGUCCCCUCCCCCCCCUCCCUUGGACCUGCACCGAUUCCCGGCCCCCCUCUUCACCCCACCAGUCCUGCCCCCCUUCCCUCUGGUGCCCGAAUCACUGCUUAAGCUCCAGCAGCAGCAGCUGCUCCUGCCCUUCUACCUCCAUGACCUCAAGGUGGGGCCCAAGCUGGCGCUGGCUGGGCCUGCGCCUAUGUUGUCCCUGCCAGCUGCCACUCCUCCUCCCCCACCCCCACCCCCCAAGGCUGAGCUGGCUGAGCGGGAGUGGGAACAGCCCCCCAUGGCCAAAGAGGGGAAUGAGGCAGGGCCCUCCUCACCCCCCCACCCAACACCCAACGAGGCUGCCCGCACUGCAGCCAAAGCCCUUCUAGAAAACUUUGGCUUUGAGCUGGUGAUCCAGUACAAUGAAGGGAAGCAGGCUGUGCCCCCUCCCCCAACUCCACCCCCACCCGAGACCCUGGGAGGUGGGGACAAGCUGGCCUGUGGAGCCUGUGGGAAACUCUUCUCCAAUAUGCUUAUCCUCAAGACACACGAGGAGCACGUCCACCGCCGCUUUCUGCCCUUUGAGGCCCUGAGCCGUUAUGCUGCUCAGUUUCGUAAAAGCUAUGAUAGCCUGUACCCACCCCCUGCAGAGCCCCCCAAACCUCCCGAUGGGUCUGUGGAUUCUUCUGCUCCCCAACUGGGUCCACCCUUCCUGGUCCCAGAGCCUGAGGCAGGGGGGACCCAUGCUCCUGAAGAGCGAAGCCGGCCAGGAGGACGCUGGCCAGCAGAGGAGGAAGAAGGUGCCAGAGGGAAUCUUCCUCCCCUAGUGCCUGCAGGCCGACGGUUCUCCAGAACCAAGUUCACAGAGUUCCAGACCCAAGCCCUGCAGUCUUUCUUUGAGACCAGUGCGUACCCUAAGGACGGAGAGGUGGAGCGGCUUGCAAGUCUCUUGGGUCUGGCUAGCCGUGUGGUCGUAGUGUGGUUCCAGAAUGCCCGCCAGAAAGCGCGCAAAAAUGCCUGUGAGGGUGGCCCUGUGCCAAUAGGAGGCAAUACUGGGGGAGCCUCAGGCUGCAGGCGUUGCCAUGCUACUUUCUCCUGUGUUUUUGAGUUGGUGCGGCACCUCAAGAAGUGCUAUGAUGACCAGACCCCUGAAGAGGAGGAGGAAGAGGCAGAGAGAGGGGAAGAGGAGGAAGAGGUAGAGGAAGAAGUAGAGGAGGAACAGGGCCUUGAACCCCCAGCAGGGCCUGAGGGUCCAUCACCAGAACCUACAGAUGGGGAGGAGCUAAGCCAAGCAGAGGCAACGAAGCCAGGAGGCAAAGACCCUGAAGAGAAGCCGCCUUCCUCACCUCCUCCAGCCCACACCUGUGACCAGUGUGCCAUCUCUUUCCCCAGCCAGGACCUCCUGACCAAUCACCGCCGAUUACAUUUCCUGCCAUCUGUGCAGCCCAGCGCUCCCCCCCAACUCCUAGAUCUACCCUUGCUGGUGUUUGGGGAGCGAAAUCCCCUGAUAGCAGGCACCCUACCAGUGCCAGGGCCACCUCUCAAACGGAAACAUGAGGAUGGCAGCUUGUCCCCCACAGGCAGUGAAGCAGGGGGAGGUGGAGAGGGCGAGCCCCCCAGGGACAAGCGCCUGCGCACCACCAUCCUGCCCGAGCAGCUAGAGAUCCUAUACCGUUGGUACAUGCAGGACUCCAACCCGACUCGCAAGAUGCUCGACUGCAUCUCCGAGGAGGUGGGGCUCAAAAAGCGAGUGGUACAGGUCUGGUUCCAGAACACCAGGGCCCGGGAGAGGAAAGGCCAGUUUCGAAGCACUCCGGGGGGAGUGUCCAGUCCGGCAGUCAAACCCCCCAUCACACCCACCCCUGCAGCCUUCCCCAAGUUCAACCUCUUAUUGGGCAAGGUAGAUGAUGGGAUGGGGAGGGAGGCCCUAAAGAGGGAAGCACCUGCCUUUCCCUAUCCCACAGUUACUCCUGCUGCUGGGCCCCUGCCUUUCCUACCACCUGGGAAAGAGGGCACCACCCCAAUACCAGAGCCACCUCUACCUCUCCCACCUCCCCCUCCACCCAGUGAGGAUGAGGGCCCAGAGGAACCCUCUAAAGCGUCUCCAGAGAGUGAGGCUUGCAGUCCGUCUGCAGGAGAUCUGAGUGAUUCAUCUGCUUCCAGCUUAGCUGAACCAGAGUCCCCUGGGGCUGGAGGGACCAGUGGGGGACCAGGAGGUGGGACUGGGGUUCCAGAUGGAAUGGGGCAACGGCGCUACAGGACCCAGAUGAGCAGCCUGCAGCUGAAGAUCAUGAAAGCCUGCUAUGAAGCCUACCGCACCCCCACCAUGCAGGAGUGUGAGGUGCUGGGGGAGGAGAUUGGGUUGCCCAAGAGGGUCAUCCAGGUCUGGUUCCAGAAUGCUCGUGCCAAGGAAAAGAAGGCCAAACUGCAGGGGGCAGCUGUUGGGGGCACCGGGGGCAGCAGUGAGGGCCCCUUGGCGGCCCAGCGCACUGACUGCCCCUACUGUGAUGUCAAGUAUGAUUUCUAUGUCUCCUGCCGAGGCCAUCUCUUUUCCCGUCAGCACCUGGCCAAGCUCAAGGAAGCGGUCCGGGCCCAGCUGAAAAGUGAAAGCAAGUGCUACGACUUGGCUCCGGCACCCGAGGCACCCCCAGCUCCCAAGGCCCCACCUGCCACCACACCUGCCUCUGUGCCCCUCGGGUCUGCCCCAGCCCUGCCUCGCCUGGCCCCAGUCCUCUUGUCUGGUCCAGCUCUGGCCCAGCCCCCACUGGGCAGCUUAGCUCCUUUCAAUUCAGGUGAGUGGGAGGAUGGAAGAGUUGUACUUCAGAGAAUGUCUCCUUCUAAUGAUAUUCCCUUCCUUUUCCUUCUUGACUCUUCUUAUGUACAGUCUCCUAUGGCCUUCCUUUGCUUCAGGCUCUUGGGGGGAGGGAAGGAGCACAGCAGCUGGGUGGUCACCUACAGCAGGAAGGACAAUGGGGCAGGAGGUGCUAACCUUUUUUUACUCCUUUCAUCUUCCUUAGGCCCUGCAGCUUCCUCAGGCCUCCUUGGCCUCGCCACUUCGGUCCUGCCUACUACCACAGUGGUCCAGACUGCUGGCCCAGGCCGCCCCUUACCUCAGAGACCUGUGCCCGACCAAACCAACACCUCCACUGCAGGCACCACUGACCCUGUCCUGGGCACCCCUACUGAGCCCUCAGGAGACACGGUCUCUGGUGAGCGAAAGCCAGUUGCAGCCCCCACCAACUCCUCCAAUGAUGCCCUCAAGAACCUCAAAGCAUUGAAGGCCACUGUCCCAGCCCUGUUGGGGGGCCAGUUCCUGCCCUUCCCAUUGCCCCCUGCAGGGGGGACAGCACCGCCAGCUGUCUUUGGCCCCCAAUUACAGGGGGCCUACUUCCAACAGCUCUAUGGCAUGAAGAAGGGGCUCUUUCCCAUGAACCCCGUGAUACCUCAGACCCUCAUUGGGCUGCUCCCCAAUGCCCUCCUCCAGCCACCACCCCAGCCCCCCGAACCCACAGCCACAGCGCCUCCACAGCCCCCUGAACUGCCCGCUCCAGGGGAGGGGGAGGCUGGUGAGGCCGAUGAGCUGCUGACAGGCAGCACUGGCAUCUCCACCGUGGAUGUGACCCACCGCUACCUGUGCCGCCAGUGCAAGAUGGCAUUUGAUGGGGAGGCCCCGGCUACUGCCCACCAGAGAUCCUUUUGCUUCUUUGGGCGGGGCUCUGGGGGCUCCAUGCCCCCUCCGCUGCGGGUGCCCAUCUGCACCUACCACUGCCUGGCGUGUGAGGUGCUGCUGAGUGGGCGUGAAGCCCUGGCCUCCCACCUGCGCUCCUCGGCCCACAGGCGGAAGGCAGCCCCGCCCCCAGGGGGCCCACCCAUCACCGUCACCAACACUGCCACUGCUGCCACGGCUGCUGUGGCUUUUGCCAAAGAGGAAGCAAGAUUACCUCACACGGACACCAACCCAAAAACUACUACUACCUCUACACUUCUAGCUUUAUAAACAGAUAAACCAAGAUGGGGAGAGGGGAGGGCCUUAGGGCUCCCUCUUUUACCCCAAGGGGUAUUUGGUGGGAGCUCAAAUCCCUCACCCCAACCCUCGGCUCUGCCCACCUCAUGGGAAUCUUUCGGUUCCCACCCUCGGUGGGCUUCACACACCCCACCUCCAGCAGAGUCCUGCCUCCUCCCCACCCCCACAGACACACUCUGAUCUUCAUCCUCAGCCCCUUGCAGAUGUAGCCCUUGCCCCAUGUCUUCACAGACAUACACACCCAUCUUGGCAUCCUGAUUAUUCACACGUCUGC